UGCAGAGUCCGGAGGCCGGCGCGCGGAGCGGUCCUCAAACCCCGAUCGCUGCGGCCCAGCCCGCCACCGAGGCGCGCAGGCGGGCGCGCGGAGUGGCCACUCAGGAGGAUCUCUAUACGCCCCCAGAAACUACUCAAUGCUGAAGCCUUUCACCGUGGUACCAGAGACUUUGGAAGCACCAUGGAUGGGUUUUGUGAUCAGCAAGUCCCUUUUAUGGUCCCAGGGAAAUCUCGGUCAGAGGAAUGUCGAGGACGACCUGUGAUGGACAGAAAGAGGAAGUUUUUGGACACUGAUCUGGCUCACGAUUCUGAAGAGUUGUUUCAGGAUCUGAGUCAACUUCAAGAGGCUUGGUUAGCUGAAGCUCAAGUUCCUGAUGAUGAACAAUUUGUCCCAGAUUUCCAGUCUGAUAACUUGGUGCUUCACGCCCCGCCUCCCACCAAGAUCAAGCGGGAGCUGCAUAGCCCCUCCUCUGAGUUGUCAUCCUGUAGCCACGAGCAGGCUCUUGGUGCUAACUAUGGAGAAAAGUGCCUCUACAAUUACUGUGCCUAUGCUAGGAAGCAUCCCUCUGGGUUCAAGCCAUUAACCCCUCCGACCACUCCUUUGUCACCCACCCAUCAGAAUUCCCUAUUUCCCCCACCUCAGGCAACUCUGCCCACCUCAGCUCUUGCCCCUGGAGCCGGCCCAGUUCAAGGGGUGGGUCCUGCCCCCACCCCUCACUCACUUCCAGAACCCGGAUCACAGCACCAAACAUUUGCGGUCCCCCGGCCACCACAUCAGCCCCUGCAAAUGCCAAAGAUGAUUCCUGAAAGCCAGUAUCCAUCAGAACAGAGAUUUCAGCGGCAGCUGUCCGAACCCUGCCACCCCUUCCCUCCUCAGUCAGGAGUUCCUGGAGAUAACCGCCCCGGCUACCACCGACAGAUGUCAGAACCUAUUGCCCCCGCAGCUCCCCCACCCCUUCAGGGAUUCAAGCAGGAGUACCAUGACCCACUCUAUGAACAUGGGGUCCCUGGGAUGCCUGGUCCCCCAGCACAUGGGUUCCAGUCGCCAAUGGGAAUCAAGCAGGAGCCCCGAGAUUACUGCGGGGACUCAGAAGUGCCUAACUGCCAGUCGUCCUACAUGAGGGGAGGGUAUUUCUCCAGCAACCAUGAAGGAUUUCCAUAUGAAAAGGAUCCCAGGCUAUACUUUGAUGACACCUGCGUGGUGCCUGAAAGACUGGAAGGCAAGGUCAAGCAGGAGCCCACCCUCUAUCGAGAGGGGCCCCCUUAUCAGAGACGAGGCUCUCUUCAGCUGUGGCAGUUCCUUGUCACCCUUCUUGAUGACCCAGCCAAUGCCCACUUCAUUGCCUGGACUGGCCGAGGCAUGGAAUUUAAGCUGAUAGAACCCGAGGAGGUUGCUCGGCGUUGGGGCAUCCAGAAGAAUCGGCCAGCCAUGAACUAUGACAAGCUGAGCCGCUCUCUACGCUAUUACUAUGAAAAGGGCAUCAUGCAGAAGGUGGCUGGGGAACGGUAUGUCUACAAAUUUGUCUGUGACCCGGAUGCGCUCUUCUCCAUGGCCUUCCCAGACAAUCAGCGUCCGUUCCUGAAGGCAGAGUCUGAAUGCCCCCUCAACGAGGAGGACACCCUGCCACUGACUCACUUUGAAGACAACCCUGCUUACCUCCUGGACAUGGAUCGCUGCAGCAGCCUCCCCUAUGCUGAAGGCUUCGCUUACUAAGUUUCUGAAUGGCUGAGUGGCCAAACCCUAGCGCUAGCAGGUCCCAUUCAGGCAAUUGAGGGCAGUGGUUUUGUUUGUGUUCUUGGCUGUUCCUAAAGCUUGCCCUUUGAGUAUUAUCUGGAGAGCCCAAGCCAUCUCUGGAUUGACACCCUUAAAGACAAAUACCUUGGCUAGGGAGUGGGGAACAGGGAGAGACAGAAGAACCACCAAGUGGCUGGUGAUUCUGAUGAGAGUCCUGGGAAGAGAUGGAAGUGGAGCCUCCUUGCCAUCAUGGACAAUAUGUGCAGAGCAAUACCUUGUUCAGGUUAGCGCCCACGAAAGGGGACCGAGUGUAUGACAAUCUGCGUUGAGCAUGUACUACUAAAUGCCUUUACAUAGAAGGGCUUUGACUUGCACAAUCCUUUGGAAAGAAACCACACACCCAUAGGAAAGUGGAAAGGCUGGGUUGGGGAGGCUCAGAUUACUAAGGCUUGAAUUUUGCAAAACUCCUGCAUCUCAGUGUGGAAUGUUUCCCCUUAGUCCAGAACCGGGGCGGCCAGGACAGCUGUUACCCACUCCGUGGUUCUCUGACCACAGCUCCUCUCGAGCCUUCCAGCCAGAGUGGUCACCAUGUAGAUCAAGCCCCUCUCCUCCCCGUCACACGGCUGAGUGUAGAUGGCUUUCGUUCUAGAAGAAAGGUGAAACACUUGACAGUAUUUUGUUUUGCUUUGAUUUGGGGGGAUCAUUUUGUUUUGGUGGUUGUUUUGGGGGGAAAAAACAGUUUAUAUAAACUGAUUUUUGUAGUUUUGGUAUUUAAAGCAAAAAAACAAAAACAAAAACUUUUUGGUAACUGCACUAUAUCCCUUAUGUAGCCAGGGCCGUGCCCACUUCCGAAGACGCUGCAGCUUGAGAGGGGCUUUGCUGGGGCUUCCCUUCGCCAUGUAGAAGCCUGCUCGGUGCCUUGGGCACCAGACAACCUGUUGAAACACUUACACCUGAUUUGUACAUUUUUGAAGUGUACAGGGCAGCCUGGACACAGCUUAGAUUCCAUGUGUAUAGCUCUCCUUGCUCACUAACUUGCCCUCUCUGGGAAGCAGAUGUACAUACUACAUGUCAUGUCCAUGUAACACCUGGUCACCUGGUGGGAACCUAAUAGACAUCGGUUUCUGUUUUUUUUCUUUCAGUUUUGGACCUUCAACCUUGCAUAAUGGUUCCCUAGGGUCUGAAAUUUGCCUGUCACUGACAGGUAAAACAGUGCUAGCUAGCAUUCUGGCUUCCUGCUACUCUCUUUUCUUUUUUCAGUUUUUAUUCUGAUUGCUGUAUUAUAUUGGGAAUGUUUUAAACAACCAAACUUAAA